GAGGAGGCCAAAGUGGAGGCCAAAGUGGAGGCUGCAACUGCUGUGACCCCUCCCUCCUUCCCUCAGGGCCCGCUCCCCGCCCGCCGAUGUCCGAGGAAAGCAGCCCGUCCCCGCGGGAGAAGGCGUCCCGGCCGUCCCGGCCGUCCGGCUACGUGUGCUCCCUGUCGGAGGAGCUGGUCACCAAGGCCCGCGAAGAGCUGCAGGAGAAGCCCGAGUGGCGGCUGCGCGACGCCCAGGCGCUGCGCGACAUGGUGUGCAAGGACUACCCCCACCUGGCCACCUCGCUGGACGACGCCUUCCUGCUGCGCUUCCUGCGGGCCCGCAAGUUCGACUACGACCGCGCCCUGCAGCUGCUGGUCAACUACCACUGCUGCCGCCGCGGCUGGCCCGAGGUCUUCGCCCACCUGAAGCCGUCCGCCCUGAGGGAAGCGCUGGACUCGGGCUUCCUCACCGUGCUGCCCCGCUGCGACCCCAACGGCUGCCGCGUCGUCUGCCUUCGCCCAGACCGCUGGGUCCCGAGCCGCUACCCCAUCACGGAGAACGUGCGGGCCGUGUACCUGACGCUGGAGAAGCUCGUCCAGUCCGAGGAGACCCAGGUGAAUGGGAUCGUCAUCCUGGCCGACUACAGAGGGGUCAGCUUAUCCAAGGCUUCUCAUUUCGGGCCUUUUAUAGCCAAAAAGGUGAUUGGGAUUCUCCAGGACGGUUUCCCCAUCAGAAUAAAAGCUGUGAAUAUCGUGAAUGAACCUCGAAUUUUCAAAGGCAUCUUUGCCAUCCUAAAGCCGUUCUUGAAGGAGAAAAUAGCAAACAGAUUUUUCCUUCACGGCUCCGACCUGAAUUCCCUCCACUCGAACCUGCCCCGGGACAUCCUCCCCAGGGAAUACGGAGGCACGGCCGGAGAGCUGGACAUCACGGCUUGGAACGAGACCCUGCUGGCCUCCGAGGAGGAUUUCGUCCGCGAGUUCUGCCCGCCCACCCCCCCGGGCGACGGCCACGGGCCCGCGGCCUCCCUGAGCCUCGAAGGGCUGUCUCCUGAGGCCCAGGGAGACGACUCCACGCGGGCGGUGAAAUCCCAGCUGUAUUCCUGCUAUUAGCGCCCGCUCUCCCCCUCCCUCUCUCCCCACUCCCACCGCAGCCUCGGCGCUUUUCCUUCUCCGCCCAAGUCCACGAGGCGGCGGGGAAGCGAGGGCCUCCCCGGCAAAGGGGCGGAUGGGAGCGGGUUCGGCACCGGGCCGCCCCGGGACCAGAGCUGGGGCCACGGGGCUGGGAUGGCUGCCCUCUGGAAGCUGUCGCGGGAAAGAGUUCAACAGAACCCCGAGGGCAUUUCCCCAUUUGCGAUAGCGGCGAGCGGUGAAUAAUCCCUAUCGAGGCAAAAAUAGAGAUCUUUCGGAGGAGGUCGGGGGAGGCGUGGGGGAAUCAGUCCAGCCGGGGACCGACCCGGAGGGAACUGGGCCGGUCUGUCCCGAGAGAGGCCGGCCCGGAUCGUGACGGAUCGGCGGGGCCGGUGGCGGAUUUGCCGAGCGUCGUCUCCUCGACCCCGGCCUGGGGCCCGUUGGGCUUUUACAGCCCCUAGUCCGGGCCUCGACGCCUGCUUCGAGAAAGGGCCCUGGCGACGGUCGGCUUUUAGAAGCUAGAGAGGACCGCCUUUCCUCCUUUAGGAUCCCAAACCCCUUGGAAAUCCUCCGCCGAGAUCCGGGCCUCCGUCCGGCCCGCCGACCGAUCGGAGCGGUCGUGUCGAGAGUCCUCCCGCGGCCCUCGAUCUCACCAAGCCCCGGAUGAGGAAGGGCGAACAGUCUUCGGCCCAUCCGCUGAGCUGCUCGAAACGUUCGCCUGCCCUCCGGGUGGGAUGCAGAUCCGAAGAAGAACACCAGUCACGACUGGGAGAGGGAGGGGAGGUCAGCCGCUCGGAGGCCUCGCCGCCCCGCUCCCGGGCCUCGUUCUGGGACCUCGGCCCGAACGGAUUCCGGCUGAGGUUCCCCUCAGCCGCUCUGGAUUUUCAUCUUUGGCCGUGGAAGGCAGAUGGGGCGGGGGGGGUCUCUCUGAAAGCCCAUCCUCAGAUUGCCCUCUGGGUGCAGAGUUGGGGGUCCGCGAGGCCCCCCUGCCCACGCCCCACCCGACCCUCUAGCUGCGACUUUCAGCACUUUAGAGCCUUGAUAUAUAGAGAUGGGGCCUCAGCUCUAAUGUCAAGCGAGAGUGUGUGUCCCGUGUCCUUGUGCGUGGUGUCUUUUGGUGGGGGUUGUUUUGGUUUUCCCACAUACAUUCUGUAGAAACGUGGCGUUGGUCGGCACCCGGUGUUCGGUGCCCCUCUUGGCGCUGUCUGGGGGCACCCUCGUGACCCAAGAACCGUCCUUACCGUUGUAGUCCGUCUCUUUAGCACUUUUCAAGACCUCGGGACAGGUCACCGGUGAGAGCCCAUCUAGUUACCUCCUCCUUCCUCUGUGCCAACUCGGGUACGGAGGAAGGCUCCUCUCCUUGUAAAUAUGUGCCAGCGGGUCUCUCGGGGCUGCCCUUUCAACCUCUUCGAGUGCCAAAGCGCGUGUGCUCGGACGUUUUUCCUCUGACGACGCGAGUUGCCAAAUGGACGGGACGCGGCGUCCGUCCGGGCCUCCGAAGCACAGGUCCGGUGCCCAAGCGGAAGGGAAGCAGCGUGGCGGAUCUAGGUCGGAGAAGGGCGGAGGAUGAGGUUUUUCGGGGUGAGGAGAGUUUAGAAAGCCUUAGCCACCCUCUAGCUGGUCCCAGCAAGAAGCAGGGAACGUAACUCCAAAGAUCAACCUAAAAGGGCUUUAGCCCUGGCUCCCUGUGGAUGCGUGUCGUCCUCUUUCCACCCAAAUCACGUCUGCGUCUCUCGUUGGUAACCGAUCUGUCGGGGAGUAGGGUGUGGGCUGUUCUCAUGACGGGUAGUUACCCCGGAAGCCGGAGAAAAGGAAAGCCAGCCGUCUUAAAAAUGAGCGGAGAUGAGUCGGAAGCACGGUUUGGUUGUGAAGUUGCCAUUUGCCCCCACGGUGGCUUCGGCGAUAGCGUCAGCCAAUUCUUGUCCUGGAAGAGUUCGUGGUGAUGGAUUAAACACCUCUUCCUUUGUUUGAAGCAGCUAAGGGAUGGCCCUCCCGGGGCCCAAAACGAUGCAUUGAGCUGUGAGUGUUAAAAGAGGGAGCCGUCAGGUUUUCAUGUACUUGGAAAUUGUCCCUAAACCCCCUGCCAUGUAGCCGACACGGGGGGAUAAAUAUGGAAAAGGAUUUUGGCCUCUCCUUAAGACGUAGCGUCGACUCAUCGUUCCAGCCAGUUGGUUGUUUUUUUUUUCUUCUCCUGAGCAGCCUCGAUCCGUGUUAAUUGAACGUCACAACUUCUCGAUGGCCAAGAAAGCUAGGAGUUCUCUUUGGCAGAGGGCUUCUUUCUCAGUUGGGAGCAGAAGCAAAGGAAAGGUGCGACUUUUCCCCAGCUAAUUAUUGCUAGGAGAGCUGUCGACGGUCUGGCUAACUGGUUCAGCUUGCUCCCGGAGA